GCGUCGCACACAGCAGCUGUUCUGGGCAGAGACCGCAGACAGACAUGAGUGCACAGAGACUCGCUGCUUUCUGCUUUCUUCUGGCUCUGGUCUGCUUCACGAGCUGCGCUCCGCCGACCUGUUACUCGCGCGCUCUGCAGCUCAGCAAAGAAAUCAUGAGCAAUCUGGACAACAUACAUCGAUAUAGUCGCACGAAAACAUGCGCUGAGUUCCUGCCGAAGAUGUUUGUAGACGUGCACAACUCCUGCAUCACAUCCAAGCUGCGUGAUUUCCUGUAUGUGACUGAGAACCUGCCCACUGAGUACUGCAGAGAGAGGCCACGCAUUCGGCUCCUGAAGCGCCGCGUCCAGACCCUCUAUUCCAUCAUCACCCGCGCCUGCUAUCGGGAUCUGGUGUUUUUGACAGAUGACUGUGAGGCUCUGGAAACAGGAAACAUCAGUCCGAGAUACUCAGAGGACCGGCUGGAACAUCUGAUAGAGGACGCCUGACAUAAACACAAAAACAGCACCAAUGUGUUCCCUAAUAUUACACACAAACAUGUUAAACAAGCACUUACAGCCAGAGAGAGAGAGAAAGAGAAAGUGUGUAUGAGUGUUGUGCUGAACAUGGUGUUUUUGAAAGAACUGGUUUUGGCUGGUAAUGCCCAGUUCUAGGUGAGGUUCCCUUUUAAUGUGUAUCUGUGUGUGUGUGUGUGUGUGUGUGUGUGUGUGUGUGUGUGUGUAUGUGUGUGUGUGUGAGAG